AUGCAACCAAAUCACUGCGACCUGCUGGGUCAGGUGCCUGAGUCCAGAGCCGCAAGUCGGAUGACGCGCGAUGGCCAGAGUCGUGGUCAGUCACGCCCAUCCGGUGCAGCCGCCAUGAGAUCAGAGGACUCUUGGAUCGAAGUCUCAUCGCAGCCGUCGUCUUCAUCCUUGUCCUCCGCUGCCACCGAUGACAUUAUCACCACUGGUCUACAGGUCGAGCAUCACGAGACAGGGGCAUACCAGCGUCGAAGUCGCCGUCGCCGCCUGCAACAUUUGGCGGCCGUCACCACCGCCCAGGUGGACUACUCGUCGCGGGAGGCCAGUAGCAGCCAGGAGGAAUAUGAAGCGAGCGAGAGUGAGUCGGAUCGGGCCCUGGGCAGCUCAAAUGAAGAGAUCCGACCUCCCCUGCACACUCCGUUGCCUGCCCGGUCUGAACCACCGUCCAAUUCGGAUGCGACUUCCAGUGAUGAUGAGGAUGAUACUUCAACCGCCUUGGGCAUGGGCAUUAGCCCGUCUCCGUUUGUGCCGCAACCCAAUGUUUUUACGCAUCCCCCGGCCACACAAGAUCCUUCUUGGACUCGCCCUACCGACUCGCGCCGCUCUCAGCCAAGUGUUUUGUCUAACUCAAGUCGGCGGACCGCCGUUCGAAGAGAAUCAUAUCCCAGCAUACACUCGUCACGCCGCCCUCAGUCCCAGCAUAGCCCUUACAGUAUGAUCUCGCCUUCCCACCAUGCUGAUCACGAUGCCGCCCUGCGUGCCAGCCUCUCCACUCUCCUUUCGUGUGCUGCUGCUGCACGAGGGCUGCCCAAACCAGACCCUCAGCCCUCCUCGGUCAAUCCUCCGCGAACCGCACAUCCAUCCUCGUUCCGGCUCGUGGGUGAGUCUGUUGCUAUGGGCGAGGAAAGUGGCGACGAGGAAGCCCCGUCGCCCCGGUAUACAGAACCAAGCCCGUCUGCUGGACAACCCCAGCCUCGGCGACAUCCACAACCUCCAAUGGCGGUGCCUGGUUCCGUUGCACCCAAAGUCAAACGACGGUCCAGUUUUCCCAAGGACCGCAACACCAUGCAUAAAAAGAGUCGUCGUGCAAGCCUGGCCGAUUCGACUACCCCGCCUAGCCCGACGAUUAUGACCUGGGUCAUCAGUGCUGGUGUGGUUGUUUUAUUCUCAGCCAUUAGCUUUUCGGCAGGGUACAUGCUUGGCCGUGAGGUCGGCCGGACUGAAGUAGGGGUCAUGGGUGAGGGGGGAGUCCCCGGUGCCCGGUCCUCGGCAGCGUGUGGCCAAGAAGCUGUCCGGGGAGGGCUCAAGCGGCUGCGCUGGGGAACAGCUGCUGCCGGGUCUGCGAGCCUGGCCUAA